CCUCGAGUAAGACCCGGGGAAAGAAGCCAAUCACUAGGAACGCCAAGGCGGCGCAGACCAUCUGCUCGCGAGGGUAGCGGAUUAUCGGAUGACGCUACUACAUCGGGUGAACGUCAACGAACUUCCUCGGAACCACCUCAAGGCGGAAACAGGCGACGCCGGCAGGGAAGUGAACCGGAUCCAGACGGUGAGUCGCGAGAAAGAGGAACGCCAUCACAUCCGGCUUGCGGAGAAACACACCGGGGAAGGGGCUCGGGGGGAACGGGUACUCCGGGUGCCGAUGACGGAGCGACCAGGAACGGGGACGCUGGAGGAAGCAUGGAACCUGGCGCCACGGGGAACAGAAGCGAGCACCCUCGUUCCAGUACCAGAUGCGGAGUGUGCUCGGGUGAGGGUGCACGGGUGCGGGGACCAACACUCUCGGAGGGACAGCCUGGAGGCGGCGGUUCAAGCUGACCCGGGGCUGCAGCUACGAGCUGAAAGACUGAUAAGGGGGUUAAACGACGAACCCCACGGAGCACGUCCGCUGUACAUCUGGAACCAAGACAGUCCGGGAAUAGGGCCUGCUUUGGACGAUGUCAGCAUGGAUGAUCUCUCACUCAGGUUCCAGACGGUGAAGAAAGUUCAACCUAGGUUUGCUUCCGACCAUGCCCGUCUCCAAACUCACGUGCUCCACCUUGUUAACAAGCAGCUAGCAGAAGGCGGCGGAGCUUCCUCGGCGACCGGGACCCCACUUUCCACUAUCCGGGUCAUCAAACUUUGGUACCUCCUACCAGGUAUUCUGCACUCCUUUGAUGGUCGGAUAGCUCGAAAAAAACGCUACAACUCGCUCAAAAGAGGGGAUAUAUCGUCCGUUCUUCCUUGGCUGAUUGAGUAUACCAAGGCGGCGAGUGCAAGGAGCAGGGGACCGGCACGGGAAGACACACCCGACGACAAGUUCAAAAGGGCGGCGAGGGCGUGCCGGCACUCUGGAGGCGUGAAGGACGCAGCAAGAGCGCUCCUAGCCGAUCAACCGUCACCGGGGAACGACGAGACAUGGGCACGUCUGAAAGCCAAAUUUCCGCAUGAGGAUCCCGUACAAGUGGAGCAGGCCAUCGCCGAAGCCAUAGCUGCAAGCCGCACCGAGGAGGAGGAAGGAAGCGCCCCGAGAUGGAGGCCAGAAACCGAGUUCGAUCCACAAGUACUCCUUCAAGUCAUCAACAGCAGAAGCUCUAACUCUGGAGCAGGAAAUGACGGGCAACGUUUCUCCCACCUUAAGUCCAUCGUCAACACUAAAAUUGGUCGGGAAGAGUUCAGCAACGCGAUGUCGUCCCUUUGGAGGAGGCUCAUCAACGAUCCCAACGCGUUCCCACCGGAGUUCUGGACUCUUUGGAAACAAUCCAGUCUAAUCGCCCUCGGUGAAAAGUGCCGUCCAGUGUGCAUUGGAAUGACUUGGAGAAGGCUGAUUGCAGCGGGAACGGUCAGGGAGUGGAAACCGAAACUGGAAGAAAUAUUUCGGGAAGCGGACCAAUUCGGAGUGGCGGUAGCUGGAGGAGUUGAACAAGUUGCGAUGGACGCACAACUGGUUCAUCAGACAGGUCAUUGGGUAGUCCAGACGGAUUGCUCAAAUGCCUUCAACACGGGAAAGCGCACUNUGGAUCUCGUGGGGUACAUCGCCAGGUGUUACGACGAAAUCCCGGCAAAGGCGAUAUACACGAUGGACUCCGGAGAGCGUCGGACGAUCGAGUGCAAGAGCGGUGUGCAGCAAGGAGAUGGAAUGGGACCGCCCCUGUUCUGCUUCAUCCUAGUCCCGAUCGUCUUGAAGCUUAGAGCCAAGUACGACCACCUCGGGGUAUGCUUGAAAGCUUAUAUGGAUGACAUCAGCCUGCACUUCAAAAAUAUCACAGCGGAAAAUGUUCAGGCCUACCGAUUGCGGAGGNAGGUGAUACCGGACCUCGUCGACGAACUAGAAGCUGUGGGCAUCAUCGUCAACAGGGGGAAGAGCUCAGCGCUUCCCCCACCAGGGCACGACGUGACGCCAGCAGAAAGGAGGCUACUUGGCGAUGCAGGCCUACCGAUUGCGGAGGAGGGCAUCACAGUUGUGGGAGUCCCCAUUGGGACGGAUGCCUACGUCGAGCCUACGAUUGCGGAGGAGGGCAUCACAGUUGUGGGAGUCCCCAUUGGGACGGAUGCCUACGUCGAGGAUAUCGCAAUGAAAGUGAUAACUGAAGGGGGUGCAGACAAGCUUGCUCGCAUGCUGGUGCGCAUGCCAGACAAACAGGUGGCUCACCUCGUCACAUCACAAUCGCUGACACAGCGAUCCGGAUAUAUCGAGAGAGGCAUCAAUCAUAAGCUAGUGAAAGGGGCUUGUAAACGCCUGGACAAUAUGGUGAUGUGGGUCCUAGAGGCAACGAUGGGGCUCAGAGACACCGAAGUCGAAGAAGAGUUCUUCCAAGACGACUGCCAGCCUGACCGCUUCAAGUUAAAGCCCUAUCAACAAGCCCAGGCGCGCCUGUCGACAGGAGCCGGAGGACUAGGAUUACCAGCAGCCGUUAUGCGAAGGUUCUCAGCUUCUCUGGGCAACCUAGUCGGCACCCUUCCUGCGGUUAUAGCCGCGUUACGGGGUCCAUUGGGAGAGUCGGUGAGAGUUCGGAUACCGGGAACCGUGUUGGUGGAGCGGAUGGGGGACGCUAUCAAAGAACUAAACCAGGAGCAUGGAGUAUCGGUGGAGAUUCUGAAGGGGAUCCUUCCCCCGUCAUGGGUUGAGUGGGCCUUAGAACCGACAGGAGAAACCGGAAGGCGUCAGCCCACCGUUGCAGAACUGGCAGCACACGAUGGGGAAUCUACUACGCCGAGGAAAGCCCAGCACAAACUGGGCAAGGCGAUUAACAAGAUACAACUUGAAAAGUUCAUGGAGUCUCUGGAGCACCUCCCCCAGGAGGCGGUACCACCCACGCGGGACAACCCCUACGGAGGUCAAGAGGCCAGGAACAUGGCAUACGCACGAACGAGAAGCUCGCAAGGGCAAGGGGCACACGCGUUCCUGAGAGCGGCUCCCACCGACCGAGCUAGAGAGAUUCCAUCGAACGAAUUCGUCUACGCGACGAGACGCGCCUUGGGAGUUGAAGAAUUCUUGGCGGAAAGAUGUCCCAGGUGCCACAGAGGCAGGGAAGGCGAGAUCAUCACAACGGUGCACGCAAGGACCUGUCCAAGGGACGGAACACAGGUCAGCAUGCACGAGCCGUUAAAAUACGCACUAUCGAGAGCGCUCAACGGCCUUCGCGUCAAACACGACGUUGAAAGCGGGGCACCGUUCACGGGGGAAAGAAACCUGAGCAUGGACAUCGUCAUCAGGCCAGGAGCCCUCACGAACGCAUCUUCUCCGGGGUACCGCAACAAAGGAAUACUCCUCGAUGUCACACACGCAGACCCGCAAGCACAGGUACACUUGCGGAACGGCAGCGCGACCAGCGAUGGAAUCGCAGCCCAAGCAUCCGAGGCGCGAAAGCGUCAGCACUACGCUCGUCCGGGACACGUGUCCUUUGACGAACGCAGCUUUAAACU